GGCAUUUCGCUUCUCAACCUUGUCAGUUUCACAAUUUUUUCUCCAUCCCAUUCUUUUCCUCUUCUCUCUCUAUAUCUCAUUUCUAUUCUUUCUUAAUUCUUCAAAUUUGCCAGAUUCCGGCAAAGCUUUCUCUCUCAUCGCCUUUCUCUCCGGUGACUUUUUUGUCCGGUGAGAGAACCCGUUGAUUGUCGUGUAAAAUUACCAAUUUGCCCUUUGAUUUUUCACUAUUUACUCUUUUACCCUGUUACAUUUUUACGUAAGACCUUUUCAGUUUUCACCCCGCGUGAUAAAUUUACCAUUAGAGGAAAAAUCGUUUUGUUUUAUUUGGUUUGAAAUAUUAUUAUUUUAAAGCGUGGGUUGGUAGUGACGUGGCAUGUGGAUAGAGAGCCAUGAAUACCAAAACGAUGCGUUUGCCUCCUCGUCGAGUAUUGACACCUAGCACCACAACAAGCAGUAAGCGGAAAGAGAGGGAUGACCCGUUUGAAAGGCCCAAGCCCAUACCCGCAUCCACUUCAAAAUUACCCAAGUCGGAUAAGCCUAUUUCUCGGCUCGGGUCGGAGCCGAUUACACCACCCACUACUACAACAACAACAGCUAACAAAGGCUUGGAGCCGAUGCCGUCCAAUCAACUGCUAGCGGGAUACCUGGCCCACGAGUACCUCACUAAGGGGACUCUCUUAGGGCAACCGUGGGUCCCACCUAAGGGAAAGUCCAAAGAAGAAGACGACGCCGGUGACGAAGGAGAACCGACUGCGACUGCCACUGCGGAGGAAGAGCCGUGCCGGAUGCCGGAGAUAAAGAUGGAGCGUGAAAGGUACGUGGAAGUGACAGGGUUGUUAAAGAGCGGUGGGACCCACCUUCACGGCGUUGUGAACCCCACUCAGCUUGCCCGUUUCUUACACUUGUGAUCUAACAGACAAUUGGGAGAGAGAAGACACGUGGAGCGAUCCCAUUGGCGCUCUCCUUCCUUUUGUUUUUGUUCAAUUUCAAGAGAGGGGAGAAAAUUGAAAUUUCUCCUCCGAUCUUUUUUUGUUGUUAAAUCUGAGACAGAAAAUUAGCUAUAUUUCUUUUUUUCAAUUUGUGAUGCAUGCAACUUGUAUGUAUGUAUGUCAUCAUUAUCAUCGCUCAUCCCUCAUGAUGUAUCUGUUGUUGUUCACAUGCAAAAUACAUGCUUUUCAUUUCAACAA